UAAAAAAGCUGCUGCGCUCUGUCCCGUUAAAAGCACGACGGCGACGUUUCAUUACCAGUUUAUUCCGUGGCGCCAACCCCCAAACGGCAACGGAGUUCAACCUCCGCCUACCGCCGCCGUGCAUCGCCGCCACUAACUUACCGUUACGCGCGAGCAAAUAUAGCUAUAUACCCCACCACCACCGCCCUCCGCCACAGAUCCGAGUACAUUUUUGUACUAUUAUUCUUUUCUGCUCUCGGGAGACAAACGACAUAUUUGUGUUAAAUAAAUAUAUGUUCAUGAAGGUGCAUUGAAUUUGGAGCAGAAUGCCAGAGAUUGUUUUCGCUCCGGAAGAGGAUAGGGAGAAGAGAUCUGAUUUUGAGGUCUCUGAGGACGAGAAGAGGAGAACGAGGAUCAGAUCUCUGAAGAAGAAGGCGAUGAGCGCUUCCACAAGACUAACGCACACUCUCAAAAAACGCAGUAAACGCGUGGCUCAUUGUCGAUUCGCCUCCAUUUCAACGGAAGAUAUUAGGGACGAGAAGGAAGAGGAAGAGGUGAAUACAUUUCGUCGGGUCUUAAUUGAAAAGGAUCUCCUUCCACCUCGCCAUGAUGACUAUCAUACCAUGCUCAGAUUUUUAAAAGCAAGAAAAUUUGAUCUCGACAAGACAAUUCAAAUGUGGGCAGAAAUGCUCAAUUGGAGGAAAGAAAAUGGAGUGGACACUAUAAUACAGGAUUUUGCCUACGAUGAAUUUCAAGAGGUUCAGCUUUACUACCCUCAUGGUUACCAUGGUGUAGAUAAGGGCGGGCGACCUGUCUACAUUGAAAGACUUGGCAAAGUUGAACCCAGUAGGCUUCUGAGUGUCACAACUGUAGAUCGUUUCUUGAAGUAUCACAUCCAAGGGUUUGAAAGGACAUUUGCUGAGAAGUUUCCUGCAUGCUCAAUUGCAUCAAAGAGGCAUAUAGAUUGUUCGACCACAAUCCUUGAUGUCCACGGAAUGAACUGGAGAAGUUUUGGAAAGCUCGCCCAUGAACUAGUCAUGCGAAUACAAAAAAUAGAUGGUGACAACUAUCCUGAGACGUUACACCAAAUGUUCAUUGUUAAUGCUGGAAGUGGCUUUAGAUUGAUAUGGAACACUGUUAAAGGCUUUCUUGAUCCACGGACUACGGCAAAGAUACAUGUCUUAGGGAGCAAAUUCCAGAGUAAAUUACUGGAAAUCAUAGACCCUAACCAAUUGCCAGACUUUCUUGGAGGAACCUGCGUGUGCCCAAAUGAGGGUGGGUGCAUGAGAUCUGAUAAAGGACCUUGGAAUGAUCCCGAGUUGAUGAAGUUGGUUUCUGCUUUACAUGGGGAAACAACUCAUAGGAAGCUUGGUAGUUUCUCUGACAGUGAAGAUAUAGAAUUCAAGCCACUUUCUUUAACGUUACCUAAAAGUGAGAUUGGGUUUGCUGAACCUGGUGCGGAUGUGGGGUUUUAUACUUAUAGUGGCAAAAAAUCAAUCCAACUUUCUACUAACAAGGAAACAGAAGGGAGACCUGAAUCUCUUUGCAAUAUAGUUGAACAACUGGAUGAUGGGAUUAUAGUUGAAAACAAUAGAGCUUCAACAGAUAUGACCAGCGGAGAUUCCCAGGUUCAAGGGAAAUCGAUCCUCAAAUUGUUGAUGGACAUCCUAUUCAAAUUGCUUGGAUGGAUAUACAUUUCCAGACCAAUAAUUGGUCGAAUGUGUGUGAAGGAAAAUUUGGACAUGACAUCAGAUAACAAACAGAGGUCUAAUACGCAUAAAAAACAAAACAUAUCAUGCCCGCCGAAGGGGGAUCCCCUUCACCCCUGCUGCCAGAGGUUGCAACACUUAGAAAAGGCAGUGACUGAGCUUUUGAACAAACCUACAGAAAUUCCUCCAGAAAAAGAACACAUACUUCUCGAUUCAUUGGACCGCAUCAAGUCAAUCGAGUACGAUUUGCAGAAGACAAAGAAAGCAUUGUUUGCAACAGCAUCACAACAAGUAGAGCUUGCCGAGUCCUUGGAGUUAUUGAAGGAUGAGAGUUUUAAUAAAGGAACACAGUCUUGCUGGCCGCGAACCAUGUUGUCAUCUCCACGCGCAACCUGAUCACCUUUAGAGUAAUAUAUAACUUGUUUCGGUAUGUACAAGAGACCGUUAGCCGACUGCCCCAUUUUCAGCGUCUAACUCGGCUUCUUGGGUGGGCCCCAUCAAGCCCUUUCAACUUCUAACCAGAACUACCGUAGGGAUAAAGCCCAAGCACUUCGCGGUUCGCGCCUUUUUUUCUUCUCAUUUUCAUUUCAUUGUGUCAUGCUUUAGAUAGUUUCCUGCCUCCCAGUUGUAAAGGGGAAAUGUGGACAUGCUUAAGACAUGACAGAAAUAGGAGAAAAUAUGUUCAACAAAUCUUUAAGCCUAUAAAUCGGUUCAGGGUUCUCCUAAAUUUGCACUUGGGAUGGACCGAACUCAUUAUUCAUUCAUAUAAAUUGGUGCUGACAUA